AUUACGUCAAAGCGAUAUGUCAUAAAUAGAUGUCAAAUCUAAGGGUGAAGAGCAAAUACGUAAUGUAAAAUGCAAGUAAAUUAAACAAAAUUAAGUGAAAUGUUUUAUCCCUACUGAAAUGUAAAAAUAGAUUCAACAUGUCUGUCAUAAGUGAACCAGUGCUCAACAUCAUUGUGGUGGGCUUCCACCACAAGAAAGGGUGCCAAGUGGAACACUGUUAUCCAGAACUAGUACCUGGCCAUCCAUCCGAGUUGCCAGCUGCUUGGCGACAUUUACCUGCUCUGGCACUUCCAGAUGGAUCCCACAACUAUUUGUCUGACACAAUAUUCUUCAAUUUGCCUGGACUUACUGAACCAGCACACACUGUGUAUGGUGUGUCAUGCUUCAGACAAAUCCCUGUUGAGCAAGUUGUGCAAAAGACUGAAGACAUGACUCGCAGCUCAGUGCAGAAGAGUGUGUGCGUUGUGUGUAGAGCUCCACUGUUUGGCCGUCUUGCUGUCAAACUAGAGCUGGUAGUAAGAGCCUGGUUCCUACAAGGAGAUUUCUCACAAACUAAACUUCUUGAAGAUGCAUACAUCCAUCUUAAUAGUUGCCCAGUACAGAUGGAUCAAAUUGUUGAAGGUUUAUCAGUACAGAGAUUAGUAGAAAAUUGGAGGCACAAAGCUUUGUUGCUGUUUAAACUAUUACUGUUGAGGCGCAAAGUCCUUAUAUAUGGCUCCCCAGCUGGGCCACUGUCUACAGCUUUGCUAACUUUGGUAUCCUUACUACCACUUUGUUUAGAAAAUGGACUACACCAUGCAGCAAAUGUUGUGCUUUCCAGGCCAUUGUCUCCUAUCCCUGCUGCAGCUAUAGAUAAUAAACUCCAAGUAGAACCUGAUACUUCAACUGAAAUUGCACAAGAACCUCUGGGUCAAUUACAUAAUGGGUCGGUCCAGAUUGAAGAACUCUCUCCAAAGGAGACAGGCAACCUGUUAGAGGAGAAAGAUCGUGUUAGUAGACAAAGUUUUGAUGAAACACUACUUGGAGAUACAGUGGAUCGUUCAGAGUUGUCGGGAUCUAGAGAAAAGUGUCACAGUAUUGGUGAGAAAUACAAACCACAGAAAAGUGUGACAGAAGCACAACAAAGCCCUACUAUGGCUAGAGACAUGAGUGUUGAUGGUCUGCACAAUCUUACAGAGCAAGUUGAUCAAACUGAGUGUGGAUUUCCUCUGCCUUUGUUUGAGGAAGGCUACCUUUGUCUACCUUACUUAUCUUUGCAGUAUCUCGAUCUAUUAUCUGACCCUGCUGUUCAAGGUUUUGUAGUUGGAGCAUCAAAUGUUUUGUUUAAACAAAAAAGGCAAUUGUUUGAUGUCUUAGUAGAGCUAAAUGAAAUGAGGAUAGAGACCUCUGAUAUGAUGCUUCGGAGACAGUUGGCUCUCGGUACUGAAGAUCUUAGAUUUGCUGACCAUGUGGUGCGGCAUGGCCCGACUCAAGGCGAUGCGUGGAUAAGAGAGCAGUUUGCAAGUUACUUAAUUUACUUACUAAGGACCUCUUUACUACCAGAAGGCAGUCGAGAGAUUGAUUCGUAUAAUUCUCAAUUUAUGACGGCCUUCAAGUCAACUCCUGCAUAUCAACAAUGGUUGAUAGCUACGAACAUCGGAGAUAUAGAAUCCUUUAUCAAUCUUAUGCCCAUGCACCCAUUUUCUGGACAACUAUCUGUGGCUGAUAUGAAGUUAAAGUUUGCUCACACAAUGUCUACGACGGAGGGUGGCAGGAAGGUAAGCGCUGCGGUAGCCAGUACAGGGCGCGCCGUGGCCACCACGUCACGUGCCGUGGGCGGCGCGCUGUCGCAGGCCCGCGGCGCUCUGUCGGGCUGGUGGAGUGCGCUGACAGCGCCCGCGCCCGCGGACGCGGCGGCGGAGCCCGAGUUGGCUGAGCUGCCCACAGGGCCCGAGCUGCUGCCGGCAGACGAGCGCGCCAGCUCCGAUGCAGAGGAGGCCGACACCGACCUCGAGCGAGACAACAGAACACAGCUACGACCAGACAGCCCGGACCCACCCGACAAGUCCAUAGACGACACCACCAUCAAUCUCAACAAAAUACAGGUCAUAUAGUCAUCUGUGUCAUUUAGAAUCUUGUUAUAUAACGUCAUUGAAUCUUUCUAGUUGGCUCAUUAGGAUUUUUUACAAUCGAGUAAAACAAUAAUAUUAAUCAAAUAAUUAUUUAAAUGUACAUAAUAACAUGUGUUCUAAGACAUCACUAAUUACACUUCACUAGGAAUACUAAUAGAUUUGUGAUAAAGAUUGCUAUUUAGGAUAUGAUAAUGUGUUUCUGGUGUUAGUGGAAAUCUUGCGAAAAAAAUAGGCUACACUGAAAGUCUCUCAUUGUAUAUUAGUCAUGUUCACUGCAAUUAGUGAGAAAUAUAAAAUGUACUCUAUGUCAAUAUUGUUCUGGCCUGUUGUAAUAUCUUUAUUUUUUUUAUUUAUUGGUGCUCUUUUUUAUCGACAUUCCUAUUUAAUUUGUAUUAGAUUUUAGGUGUUAAGAAAAUAAAAUGCUGAUUUAACUAAUUGAAUUUUCUUUAGUUAAUAGUAGAUAAUACUUACAAACAGACCAGUAAUUUGGAUUUAACAUGAAAUAUGCAUAUUUCUAUAUCGAGGCUACUUAUGUGACGAGAUUAUGUUCAGUAGUUUUAUUUGCGCUUCCGUUCGUAUGUAAGUUUAAUAAUGUAUAUUAAUGUAAUAUAUUAUGUUGGCAACUGUAGAUACCAGCUGCGCUGGGCUUUUAUACAUAGUUUGUGAUCUCUUUAAACACAUUCGUUUUCGUAGUUGCAUUGUAGUAAACACUUAAUAUUUCGAAUAAACGUUGUAUUUCAUUAGUUUUUGAAUAUUUCAAAUAUGAGGCAAUGCUCUCUAUGAGGUAACUUAUUAUGUAUUUCGAUAAAUGAUGCAAAUGUAAGGGAGCAAAAAUACAUACGAUUGUAAAUUUUUACGAUGUGAUUACUCGCCAAUAUCUGAUAUUGUAAACGAAUAAAGUAUUAUACAUGUGACAUACACACGUUUGUUUCUGUAAAAGUGGUACUAGAUGUAAAAGGUAAAUAACUUCGAUAGCGAAUCUGUGUUUUAUUCAACAUUCUGCAGACGCGGGUAACACAAAAUCAGAUGUAUGUUGUGAAAGUAUAACUACUGAUCACACAUUACAGUCAAAUAAUCGAUACACUUAAGGUUAUAUAUUUAUAUCACAAUACUGGGUCAAUCAUUAUAAAUGCAUUACAAUUCUGUCAAAGUAAAUUGUCUUCAUUCUGCAAAGGUACUCCUAAAAUUACAGUGAUAAUUGAUUAUGCUACGUGGAAAAAGCAUGAAUUUGUUUUCCAUCGUCUUAAAAAUUGGAUUCUAUCUAAGGUUUAAGUACAGCAAACCGAGAGCAAUAAAAACAUAGCUUUCUACCGCAAAUAAAAAUUGCUAUCUUCGGCUUAACAUAUCUCGGCCUACUGUCGACGCGGAGCCGAGUCCGGCUAGGCAGCCGUGCGCUCGAGUAGUUGCCGGGCAGCGACCCCCGCGGCGCCGCGUCACACGGCCGAGUCGGGCUCGUCCCACGGCCACGGCGGGCCCGCGUCCAGCGCGUCCUGGCGCCACAGCCCGCGCCCCGCCUCGCCCAGCAGACGCAUGUUGUACGGCUCCACCAUGUCGCCCAGCGACGCGCUGCUGCCCGCGUGAUCCAGCCGCGCCGCGGGUCGCGUCGCGCGGUCGUCCGCCCUCUUGUCGCCCGGCAGCAAGUCGAAUGCGGCGCCCACGUCGCGGGGCGACUCCAGCUCUGUCACGUCGGAGCGCGGCGACAGAGACGCGCUACCGUUGUCCGCCGCCCCCGCCAGCGUGGACGCCUCCGAGGGCGGGCCGGGUGACCCUACGGCAGCAGGGAUUG